AAUGGAGCCAAACACUGGGAGACAAUGGAGGAGACAGACAUCGGCGUGGAUCACAGGAGAUGAGCCCCCUGACAUGCCACAGACCGCCUCGAGUGAGACCAGUAGUUCAUCCAGUGAGAACACCUCGUUCAAUGUGCACCAACACCUGGCUCAAACCAACAGGAGCAUACUUAACUGGUGCAUCUUCCACACGCAGGAAGCGAAAAAAUAAGAUGGAAGCCACUAUGGAUGUUUUUGCCAAGAACAUCAAAGAAGCCCUCUCUCAGUCAGAUGAUACUGAGCUACAGCUUAAAUUGCAAGCAGCCCAGCAUGCCCACAAAUUAAAAAUGAUGACACUAUUUACACAGUUUCUAGCAGGAAGACAAGCAUACCAGCCACCUCCUUUCCUAGGCCAUGCCGCCGGGUCAAGCUCUUACUCAGAUCAUGUUCACUCUCCUAGGUUUGGCCAAGAAUAUUCCCACCCUGCUCCCUUUACCCAGGAUCACAAAUGGCCAAUUCUUCACCAAAAUGAUGGCCACCCCUGUCCCCCUUUUUACCAGGAUUAUGUCUCUGCUGGUCCCUUUCACCAUUCCCACCAUCCUUUCUUUCCAGCCGAGCGUACUCCCCUCCUUCCUCCUGAUACCCCACCUCCACAAAACGUCACCACCCUUCAGCCUCCUCCCUCUCACUAGAGCCGCAUCUGCUCUCAGCCAGUCAGUUCUCCCCAGCAAAAUCCAAACAUCCCCGAGUCACAAUUUGCAUCACCCCCAUCAUUAGAGGAUAACUAAAACCCUUAUAUUUUUUUUCAGACUUAAUAAGAUAAUACCAAGGUCAGAAUAACCUGUUGUUAAUUUGUAUUUCAGAUGAGCGCUGUUUUCUGAUUGUAAUGUGUA